CUGUCGAAGAAAUGAAAUCCAGGAUGCAAUUCCUGCUCCACCAUAGCCCAACAGCUCGGUGGAGCACACCGUGCUACCUGGUGUGUGUAUUUAUUAUAAUCGCCUGCUGUGGACCAGCUUCACCUCUUCAUGCCCCUCCAGUGACAACAGGUCUCCGCUCCGCUUUCUCUGCCACACGAACCGACAAUGUCGUGGGAGGCAAGCAGAAGGCUGUGACCUUCAACAGGCUCAAGGUCAACAUUGGAGGGGAUUUCAAUCCAGAUACCGGUCACUUCCGCUGCCGCGUCCCCGGGGCUUACUACUUCUCUUUCUCCGUGGGUAAGUUUCCAAAGAAAAUGCUUUCUGUGAUACUUGCGAAGAAUGGAGAGGAGGUGCAGGCUAUAGCGUAUGAUGACUACCGCAAGACAGGGAGGAAAGUUCAAAGCCAAAGCAUAAUGAUCAGUUUGAAGGAAAUGGACACAGUGUGGCUGCUUUUACAGCAGAGUCCUAAAUACGCCUUGUACAGCAAUGCCGGCCCUUACAUCACCUUCUCUGGAUACCUUGUCUUUCCGGACAUUUCCACAACCGGCUACGUCAGCAACCACCUGUCCCCAUCGGGACUGUCCUACCCAAACUGUCCCCCUCAGUCUGACCCCGUGGCCAGAGGUCAGAUGUCAGAGCAGCCACAGUCUGCCUUCUCCGUGGCACGGACAUCCACACUCAUGGGUCAUAACAACAAGCAGCCGGACAAGCUACCUUUGACCUUUGAUGUGGAAUACGUCAAUAUCGGGGGCCAUUUCAACAAAACCUCAGGUGUGUUCACCUGCUAUUUCCCAGGCGCGUACUUCUUCGCCUUCACUGUGGGGAAACAUCCUCGUAAGGCGGUUUCUGUGAAGCUGAUGACCGGCAAGGGCGAGGUGCAGGCGAUGGUGUUUGAUGAGGACACAUCGAAAAGAAGGGAAAUGCAAAGUCAGAGCUUGCUGCUGUCUCUCCGCCGGGGUGACAGUGUGUGGCUGUACAGUCAGCAGGAUGAGCGCUAUGCUGUCUACAGCAACCAGGGGAGGUACACCACCUUUUCUGGCUUCCUGGUUUAUCUUGAAGCAGAAACACUCACACCUCCCAGCACUCAGGACAGAACUCCCCUCUAAAUGUUUUAACCCUGCAUAACACAAUCUCAUGUUUUGUAGAAAAUCUGUAGAUUAUUUCUAUGUUGAUGGUGCAGUCAAAAAUAUACGAUGGUCACUAUAGUGAAACUACAUGUAAUGCUUUGUUUCUUUGAUUUUAUUUCAUUUUAUUCUCAGUAAAUAGUGUAACUCCAGAUAUAUCGUUUGUUCCCAAAUUACUCCACCAGAUGGUGCUAUGAUACAAUUAUGGACACAAACCAGCAUUUUUAACCUUUUAAGUGCAAUUAGCUGUAAGAAAUCACACACAUACAAAUCUGUGUUUGUAUAAAAAACCUUGUUGGGGAAGUUGGGAUUGGGGUUGCAAUUGGGUAUUAGUUCAUAAAUAUAUUUACCUUUAAAAUUAUUUGUUUUUUAAUGUUUUAAAAAGCAGGUUUUUUAUAUGUUGCAUGCCAAGGAAUAUAUUGUAUAUGAUGUAUAGUUUAUCGAAAUCUACUUCCUGUAAACGUGAUAUUUAGAGAGACGUAAUGAUCAUGUUAUCCUCUAUCUCUUAUGAUGUUUAAUAUGUAUUUCAGUUAACUAAAUAAAUUCAUACACCUAAAA